UAUUAAUUAUUAUCUACGGUGUAGUGAGAUUCAGUAAAACGGUGAUUAAUUAGUAGUGUAAGAGCGUGAGAAAUGAUAAAAUUAAUAACAGGAUUUAUCAGCUACUGUUUUUAGUUAAUACAGUAUUGAGAAACCAGAUAAGAGUAUUUAUAGAUACAGAUUCGGAUGUAUGUAUAAUACAACAGCAAUUCAACAUUGUACACCAGUAAGUAAUUCUAACCUCGAAGACAUACCGACAAUUAUCAUGGAAGAAUUUCUCCGGGCCUCGAAACAAGCACUGGAGGGCUUAGAAAAUUUUCGGAAGAUAAAAGUGGUUAUGGGUAAUGAGUCGUGUGAUCUAGACUCGGCGGUCUGCGCUCUGGUCCACGGGUUCUGGCACUUUAAUAAAUUAAAGAAGGAACAUGUGGAUGAUGUUGCAGUAAUACCGUUAUUAAACGUAACGAAGCGUAUGUUCAAAAUAAAAACCGAAGUGGUGUAUGUAAUGAAGGAAAAUAAUAUCCCCUUGGAAUUGUUAACAUUUAGGGACGAAAUCGAUCUGAGGGAGCUGAGUGAACGACAGAUGUUGGAAUUGAGUCUUGUGGAUCACCACACGUUGACCGAUUACGAUGUGUCAUUGGCAGGCUCGGUUGUCGAGGUGAUCGAUCACAGACCUCAAGAUACGAAUUGGCCGUGGACAGGUCGCGAUAUUAAUCUAGAAAAGGUCGGCAGCUGUGCCACCCUCGUUGCCAGAAAUAUAUUGGAUAAAAAUCCAAGACUAGUGGACCAACAGAUCUCGAGCUUGUUGAAAGGGCCAAUUUUGAUAGACACGAGUAAUUUUUCCGAGUCAGUGGCACGUGCAACUCAACUGGACAUUCAAGUGAUGCAAGAGCUGGAAAAAAUCAGCACUAAUACUGAGCCAGACGGUGGUAGUAGUACCGGCUGCGGUGAUAGUAGUGGUAAAUCCACCCCUUUAGAUACACAAACGAAUCGUAAUAAAAUUUAUUCAGCUAUUUUAAAUGCCAAGACUGACAUCAGUUGUUUGUCGCCCGAGGAUCUUAUUCUAAAAGACUUAAAGUUCGUCAACGGAAUUCCCAUUCCUGGGUUACCAAUUCUCGUAGAAGAAUUCUUGAAUUUAAAUGCCGCUUUGGAAGCCCUGAAUUCGUUUACAAGGGAACGUGAAUCCCAGCAUCAACACCGUCUCAUGGUAAUCUUAGGGAUGAAUUUAAAGGGCCAAGUGGUGAAGCGAGACCUCGGAGUAUUCUCUUUCUUACCCAAUGAUCUGGAAAAUAAAAUAGUAAAAGCACUUGAGAGCGUCGACUCGGGGCUGGAUCUGUCACCGUCUCUCAGCACAUUGAAAGAAAACUGGAGUUUAAAGCUGUACAAACAGGGAAACGUGCGGGCGACACGGAAGCAAAUACUACCGAUUAUACAAAGCGCAUCGGCUGGCUGUUAAUGUUGACCGUCGUGUCCUCUUCUCCACCCACACUACACACAACAAUCCACAUUCCACACUCCACACUCGAGACUCGACAAUUUGCAACAGCUACCAUGCCACCACACACUAGACUUUAACUGGCAUUAACCGUAUACUGUAACAAUCUAAACAUUAAACUUUCUGUUAAGUUAAUUAAAAGGCUUCUUAUCUAAUUGCUA